UCUCUGCGCUUGCGCCUGCGCUCGCGACCUCCUUCACUUCUUCUCUUCUUUUGCUCGUGGAAGCUCUGUUGGGUGCAUGCAUCUCCUCUAUUCCAUAAGCGCAUCUCUAUCUAUAUACUCCAUCUGGGUCCAGUGAGCCCUUUGAUGUCUCGCAGCCAGGCGGUCACGCCUUUGCGCAUCAACAAGACGCCAACUGCUUCGCCCACCAGGCCCACCAUGUCGCGCCCACUCUCUGAGAUCGGCUCGACCGAGCACCGCCGGAACUCGGGCAAUCACAAUCAACAAUCCAAGAAGAUGUACCUCACCAAGGAGUCCUCGCCCUUCGACUCGUCUCCCUUCCCAAACAGCCCGCGCUUGUUCUGGAAAGAGCAGACUGUUUCGCCCAAGACUCGUUUUGGUUCGGAGAAUGAAAACGAUCUCGAAGACUCUCCCUCCCAGUCGCUAUCCCCCAAGCGUGGCUCCAUCGAGAACCUAAAGAAAGCGUCUCGUGUCAAGAACAGCAGCAUGUUCGCCCGCGAGCAGAGGCAUGAGUAUGAUCCUACCUCGGUCCAGGCUCCCCAUCGUCCUCUCGCAGCUGGCCGUCCCUUGAGCACCCAGGUCCAAGGCAACGCUUACGAUGGCAACGGCUUGUCUGGCCUCAGGAGCCAUCGACGAGGUGAAAGUCUGACCAAGAUCCCUACCCUCAGCCCAUCCAAGAGCUCCCCCAGCAAGAUCCCUAUGCCUGCGUCUCCCUUUGAGGCCUCAACGCCUCCCCCCGGUCGUUCCUCUCCAACAAAAUCAUCGCUUGCCAGUCCCUCUCGUUUCACUUCAACGGAACACAAUGGCGAUUCCAGCAUCUGGUCUGAUGACGAGGCCCUGAAACACCAAACUCCUCGUCCUCUACGUCGACACGCAAAGAGCGUGACCUUUGAUGCUGCUCCUCCCAUCAUCAACGAGUAUGAGAUGGUGACGCCCGAUCCAUCCUCAGUCGCGUCCGGUUCGCGUGAGGGUAGCUUCGAAUCAGAUGAGGAGGAUCUCAGUUUCGAUCACGAUGACAGCUUCGAUGCCUCGCUCGAAGACACAGACAAGACGCCUGUGGUUCUUCCUGAAGACUGGCGACACAUGAGCCCCGACGCCGCCGACACAUCACUCGUGGAUGCCGACGAUGAUGUCUUUGAUGAUCGCGAGUUGAGCCCCUUGCCUACCACUCGUCCUAACAUGAACGGGCAUUCGAGCACCUCGCGACUUAGCUCUCCCGCCUCGGAUGGGGAGUCGAGGCCUUUACCGCCUCUUCCAGGCCUGCAAGGUUUCGACGAUCGUCGCCGCCGCGACUCCAGCAUUGGCCUCACAGCAGCUGCGGAGCGUGCAAGCGGGCGUAGGUCCCUACCUCAGCUGCCUCCAUCAUCCGGUUUCUCCAAAGCAGACUUGCUCAACAUGCGCGAGGGCUCGAUGUCUCUAGAGGACAGACUCCGCCUCAUGCAUUUCGACGAGGACCGCGACACCAGUACACCUACUCAGGAGAGUCACGGUAAGAAGGCUGAACUUGGUGUGGAGGUUGAGGUUGCCGAACUCGAGGACGUCACGGAAUCAGACAUGAAUGACGAUGGACCGAAAACACCUCGCAUCUCUCGGGAGUCCAUACUUCGCAAGGUGAAGAGCCGCAACUUUGAUGACGAGCGCGAGAGCGUCAACUCCCACUACGACGCCGAAUCCAGUCCUGAGCGUAGCUAUGGCGACCUCGCAGAUCUCGAUCCCGAUGUCCCUAUUCCGUCUCGUGAAUGCUCCUCUAAUUUCGAUGAGAACCCAGCCCCUAGCGAGGCUGAUAGCGUUCUUGACGCAUAUUCUUUUGCGGAUACCACUGCGAUGUAUUCGGAGAUGUCUCCGUAUCACAACAACGACGAUGACGAGAACGACGAAUCCGUCAUUCAUCACGAAGUCACCGAGGACAUCGAAGAAGAAGACGAGAUCAGUCAAUACUCCCCAGUGCCGGAGGAGCAGCCCACAUCACAGAGCACCAUUGAAACUUCAGGGCCUCCAACUCCUACUCAAACAAACCCUUCGUCUGGUGACGAGGAUAAGAACCCUCAAGAGCAAGAAAUGUUCGCUUCUUUGGGCAACAAGGAGGUAGACCUAAGUCUCGACCCGCUCAAUUCCUCUUUCCAAACGGCACUAAGUCCUCUUGAUACGGCACCCAAGAUUGACGCUAUGCGCCAAUUUUUGCAACGCCCUGAGACACCAGAGACAGACCGAGAACCUGCCGUUGAAGAUGCUGUUGAAGAGCCUGGUACACCUGACUCUGUCAUUAGACACCCCGUCUCUGCCUCGCCCUCACCCCCACCCAGCGAGGCUUCUUCUGUUCCAGAAGUGGAAUCAACGAUUAAGGGUGCUGGCGGAAGAUUGAAAACUCGCCCCUCUCUCAUUCCUGGUGACGUUGAUAUGGCCGCUACCCGCCGGCAAGUGAGUGGCGAACGUCCGCCGCCGGUACCUGAUAGAAGCCCUAAGCGACAAUCUUUGACGGUGGACAUCAGCAGCAUCGAAGAGGAAGACUCCCAAGCCAGUCUCUCGACAAGAGACAAUCUGAUGUUGAGCUUCGAUAUUGGAGAGGAGUCCAAUGACCUCAGCUUCGGCCUUGACAAGGAGUUCGACAACAUCAUCGAGGCUCAAAAGAAGGGCUACCUUAUGCGACAAAACACAAAGCUUAUUGUUGCAAGCAAUCGCCAAUUCAGUAAUGAGAAGCCAUCAGCUAUAACAGAAGAAUCUGGCGAUAAUGGUCUCAAGCCUGCACCAGAAGACAUGCGGAAAACCAGUGCUGAACGUAAGCCUGCUUGGAAAACCGAGCCUUGGAAUGGUAAGGUGAGGCGGCGAAGUAUUCGCACUACGUCCGAUGCCAGACGCGCCGCUGAAGCAUCCGGACCUGUUCCUCCGAUGCCAGGCCAAGAAUCCGCUGUUUCUGGUGGGCUUGACUCUGUCGGUGAGCAAGGAGACGAUUUUGAAGAUGGUCAAGAACGUGGACGUGUCUUUGUCAAGGUAGUGGGUGUGAAAGAUCUAGAUCUUCCCCUCCCUAAGACGGAACGCUCAUGGUUCCAACUUACACUUGAUAACGGAUUACACUGUGUGACCACAUCUUGGUUGGAACUUGGUAAAAGUGCGCCUAUUGGUCAGGAAUUUGAGCUUGUUGUUCUAGAUGACCUAGAAUUCCAGCUUACACUCCAAACCAAGCUCGAGCCUCCACCUCAGCCUACGGUCACUGCUGCUCCCGCAAAGACUGUAAAUCAAAAGAAGUCGCACUCCGCUUUCCGCAACUUGUUGUCUUCUCCCAAGAAGCGCAAAGAACAAGAGCGUAAGCAGCAGGAAGAGGCCGAACGACUCGCCUUACAACAGCAACAAGAGGCUCAGGCCAAGCGCAACAAGCAGGCCACUGCUUGGGAUCUUCUUCACGAUUUGGUCGGCCCGGAUGGUUCUUUUGCGCGAGCGUAUGUUUGCCUGAAGAACCAUGAGGACCAGGCAUACGGUCGCCCGCUUACCGUUGAUAUCCCUUGCUUCAACGAAUGGGCUGUGGACACCACUGGUGCGAGCAGCGUCAAGAGCAAGCGCGGUGGAGUCGUACGCCGCCCACCAUAUCGGGUCGGCAAAAUCACUCUGCAGCUCCUAUAUGUGCCCAAGCCAAAGAACGCAAAGGAUGAGGACAUGCCUAAGAGCAUGAAUGCCUGCAUCCGCGAGAUCAAGGAAGCAGAAGAAGCCAAGGAUAAGUCUUGGGAAGGUAUUCUGAGUCAGCAAGGCGGUGAUUGCCCUUACUGGCGUCGUCGCUUCUUCCGUCUCAACGGCACUAAGCUCACAGCGUACCACGAGGCUACUCGCCAGCCGCGGGUGACCAUCAGUCUCGCGAAGGCCACAAAAUUGAUCGAUGACAAGAGUUCUCUUAAGCAGCCUUCCUCCACCAAAGGAGGUGGUCGUCGCAAGUCUGCUUUUGCAGAAGAGGAAGAAGGUUACAUGUUCGUUGAAGAAGGUUUCCGCAUUCGUUUCGCCAACGGUGAGGUUAUUGACUUUUACGCCGAUAAUGCCGAGCAGAAGGCCGGCUGGAUGCGCGUUCUUUCCGAAUGUGUCGGGAAGGAUAUCGCGAGCAAUCGCGGUUGGACCGACAUGGUACUCGAAAAAGAGCGCCGUGAUAAGGCUCGAUCUCAGCCUGCAAAGCCGACCACAGAAGCAAAAGCCGCGCCCUCACAGAGUCCAACGAAGUCCCAGCCUCUGACGCGUCCUCGAUCGCACGAACAUCCACCGGCCGCUCCUCCAAGCCCCAUCAAGGGACGUCCUAGCCACGGUCGUACCAAGUCGCAUGUCCCGUCUCUUCCCCCUCCACCAGUCGAGAAAGAUGACCGACAUAAGGCGGGAACAGUGCCGCGUCAAAGAGAUGCAGUUCCUGCAGGAAAGACAAAUCGUAGAGAUCAGGUUCGGUCGAUGAUUUUCUAA